AAAAAAAACAAAAAAGAACUUCUCCAACACAACAAUCUCAAAAAAAAAAAACAACAACCAACAACCAUCACACACCAUGAUCACAACAACACCACCAGGAUCAUCAUCCAGGAGCACGACUCACAACAGCAAGAAGAAAAACCAACUGGAAGAGAAACAACGAGAACGAGAACUAAUAGAAGACACCGAUCAAGCAUGGGACGAUCACAGCGAUCAGGAAGAAUCAAAAACAACUACUACUCAACCGAUAAUCAGAACAAGAAAACUCAGUCUGGAAAACAAUCCAUCUCACCAAGCUCAUCAAUCAACACCACCACCACCACCACCACCACCAACCAUUCAAUCAAAUCCUCUCGAUCAGUCUGAUACAAUCGGAUCCCCUUCAGCAUCAACUAGCAGUACUCACUCAACAUUCACAAAGGAUAUCUUCAGUCUGAUCAAAGAUCCAGCCUAUAUCCUGAGUCGACUGAAGACGGAAUAUGAGCAACAGGAACAGAGUUCACCGCUGGACACGCCAUCGAGGAGGGGACGGGGAUCGUUACCAUGGGAGGCGGUGAUUCCGGCAGAGCUGAUGACGAAGAAAGCGGCAGGAUCGAGGAGUCCGAGUCCGACGCCGCCGACGGGGAGUGGCCCAGGCCCAUACACGCUGCUACCGGAAACACCCAAUCAACCAGGCCCAUCGAGUGAAGCCUUGAAGAGGGAACAGAAGUUUGUAGAUUGUCUCGAAUCGCCCACGGUCGAUGUGGGCGGCCUUCGGAAGCUGGCCUGGGCUGGAAUCCCGCCCAGACUUCGGGCUCUCGUCUGGAUGAUCCUGCUCGGCUAUCUCCCCGCUCCUCAGUCCAGAAGACUCGAAGUCCUUGCGAGGAAACGCAGGGAAUAUCUCGACGCUCUAAGGCUCGCUUUCGCCUCCGGGACUCAGAAACUCGAUCAGACUAUCUGGCAUCAAAUCCAAAUCGACGUUGCUAGGACUAAUCCUGGUGUACCACUCUGGCAGUUCCAUGCUACUCAAAGGAGUUUAGAGCGAAUUCUCUAUGUAUGGGCGAUCCGACAUCCAGCGAGUGGAUACGUACAAGGGAUCAACGACCUAGUCACGCCAUUCUUCCAAGUCUUUCUGACGGCAUACAUCGAUGGGGAGGAGGCGGAAUCGUUUGAUGUGGGCCGGUUGCCAGCGGAAGCCCUGGAAGCGAUCGAGGCCGACUCGUUUUGGUCGCUCUCUAAACUGCUCGAAGGCAUUCAGGAUAACUACAUCUUCGCUCAACCCGGCAUUCAACGUCAGGUGGCUCGAAUGAAAGAACUCUGUGAACGCGUCGAUGCUCGAUUACAUCGUCAUUUGGAGGACGAGAAAGUGGAAUUCAUUCAAUUCGCAUUCCGUUGGAUUAAUUGUUUGUUGAUGAGAGAGUUAAGUACUAAGAAGAUCAUCAGGAUGUGGGACACUUAUUUGGCUGAGGGUACUGCUGCUUUUUCCGAAUUUCAUUUGUAUGUUUGUUUGGCUUUCUUGGUCAGAUAUAGUGAUCAACUACGAGAAAUGGACUUUCAGUCGAUAAUAAUUUUUUUACAAGCUUUACCAACCGAUCAACUCACAGAAAAAGAUCUAGAGUUCCUACUAAGUCAAGCGUUUAUGUGGCACUCAUUGUUUCAAGGAGCUACUGGCCAUUUUGUUCGCAAAUAGAAACCCUUCCCCUCUCAAUGUAUAUCAUUUUCUCUUGUUUUUUUCCAAAGUUAAACAUUGUACUAGAUCUUCAACCUUUUUUGGUUUAUUUUUUUUUGUGGCAUUCAUGUGGUACUGUUAAUUAUCUACUUUUUCUUUUUUUGAAAAUGAACAUCAGGAUUUUCCUUGUUGGUGUGGCCAGGAUGUGAAAG